CUGAAGCGCGAAUGGAGGGGGCGACUUACACCAAAAAUUUGAGGCUUUUGUUCCUUUGUCUAACUGUCCUGAUCUUAACAUCAGAAGUCCACGCAGGUGGUAAAAAGCACAGCGGACCAUGUGGGGGUAGAGACUGCAGUGGAGGGUGUCAAUGUUUUCCAGAAAAGGGGGCCAGGGGACCACCCGGACCCCUCGGCCCCCAGGGACCACAGGGGCCCCCAGGGCGUCCAGGAGACGCCGGUAUCCAGGGCCAAAAAGGAGAGAAGGGCGACCAAGGCAGGACAGGAUUCCAUGGCCCUAAAGGAUCUGUGGGAAUGGCAGGAAUUCCUGGUUUUCCUGGAGCAGACGGCAUUCCGGGUCAUCCAGGUCAAGCUGGACCUCGGGGGAAACCGGGGGCCGACGGCUGUAACGGAACACAUGGGGAUUCAGGAACCCCGGGCCUGCCAGGAUAUGACGGUCUACCAGGGCUUCCGGGCCAGGAAGGCAGGAAAGGGGAGAAAGGAGAGGCACUGCAAUUAACUGUUUUUAUGGAGAGAUUUCGGGGAGAUCCUGGAAGUCCUGGAAUCCCAGGAUUCAAUGGUCCUCGUGGAAGUCCAGGACAAAUUGGACGUCAGGGUCCCAUGGGUCCUCGGGGUCCUCGUGGAGAUCCUGGACCUCCAGGUCAAAAGGGUUAUAUUGGCAAAGCCAUAAAAGGUAUUAAAGGAGAAAAGGGGGAGGUUGGAGAACCUGGACCUCCAGGAAACGCCAGUUACCCACACACGCGUUCUAUCCCUGGCAAUCCGGGAGAAAAUGGUACUAAAGGUGAAACUGGAGAUGCGGACUAUUGGUAUGGCAAAGGUGAAGAAGGUAUGCAAGGGAAUGCUGGACCACGGGGAUUCCCUGGAAUUGAUGGAAAACCAGGAGCAAAGGGUGAUGCAGGAGUGCCAGGCCAUCCAGGACAGAAAGGCCGCAAGGGAGAGCAGGGAGACGCGGGACCACUGAUUUACCGAGAGGGUCCAUAUGGAGGUGGAAAUGGAGUGGGUCUCCCAGGGCUUCCAGGAGAACCAGGACCAAAAGGUCUCCCAGGUCCACCAGGAUGGAAAGGGGAGCGUGGCCCCCCAGGACCAUCUGCCGGCGGUCAACAAUUUGUGAACCUCUUUGGCCCUUUUGGACCAAAGGGGUUUAAGGGAGAGAAAGGUCCACCAGGUGAGCCGGGCAUACCUGCCACACGUCCUGGACCUCCUGGUGUUGAUGGGUUCCCUGGACCUAGAGGACCACCAGGACCUAAAGGAUCAUGGGAGGAUUUCCUCAGAGGUCCAGAAGGAGAAAGAGGACGUCCAGGAACAGCAGGCCAAAAAGGAAAAAAAGGUGACCAUGGCCUGUGUGAGUGUAAUGGAGUAACCUCUCUACCUGGUCCUCCUGGCCCCGCUGGUAACCCGGGUGACCCUGGAAUGAUGGGAGAGUGGGGUCAACCGGGUGAUCAGGGUGAUUCCGGACCCAGAGGUGUCAAUGGACUGCCUGGUUUUCCUGGUGUCCGAGGAGUCCCUGGACCCAAGGGAAGAAAGGGAGAGCUCAGAGAGAUCACUGAGAAAGGAUCCCGUGGAGACGCGGGGGAUCCUGGUCCAGGAGGUUUCCAGGGAGAACCAGGAAGACCUGGGGCUAAUGGAGUUCCAGGGUCUCCAGGCCUGCGUGGUGUCCCUGGACAGGGUCCUGUUGGUGAGCCUGGAGAAAAGGGCUAUCCAGGCAUGCCAGGUGCACCAGGACUGAUAGGAGAGAUAGGACAACCAGGGCAGGUUUUAGGAGCCCUCAAAGGAAUCAGGGGUCUACCUGGUGACCCAGGUAUCAGUGGUCAUGAUGGAAUCCAAGGGCAGCCUGGUAUUCCAGGAGGCUGUAUCUCCAGAGGAGAACGAGGGGAGGAGAUAAUAGCAGGAGAGUGUGAACCAGUCCCUGGGCUUCCAGGACUACCAGGUCCACCAGGUCUACCAGGGAUGGAAGGUUUCCCAGGUAGACCAGGUCCCAAAGGAAUCUCUGGACUACCAGGAGCCAUUGGGACCAAAGGGGAGCAAGGUGACCAGGGCAGAGGGGGCCCACAUGGACCACCAGGUUUUGUUGGACCUCGUGGAGAUUUUGGCAUUCCUGGUUCUAAAGGACCUGAGGGGGCCGAAGGUGUUCCUGGGGCACCCGGACGGAAUGGUGCAUCAGGUUUGAAGGGUGCUCAUGGAGAGGUUCUAGGGGCUUCCCCUGGACCUCCUGGGGAACAAGGACCUUCAGGGCAACGGGGUGUCAAAGGAAUCAGGGGAGAGGCAGGCACUGUUGGAUUCCCAGGGAAGGACGGUAUGCCUGGGAUGAUUGGUUCUAAGGGUGAGGUGGGUCCUCCAGGCCUACAAGGGGAAAUCGGAAGAACUGGCCCUGCUGGACGGUUUGGCUACCCUGGGUUACCAGGUCAAGCAGGACCCCCAGGACCUCCAGGAAACACUGGACAACCGGGUCCCACUGGAUCUAGAGGAGAUCUAGGAGACCCUGGCCCUCCAGGGCCUGAAGGUGUGAAAGGCACUGUGGGGGACCCAGGUCCUGAUGGUCCGAAAGGCAGCUAUGGGCCUCGUGGUGAUGAGGGAAUGCCUGGAUUCUCUGGACAUACUGGUCUUCCUGGUUUUAAAGGCCUCAGAGGCUCCCAGGGAAUGACAGGUUUUGAGGGGAGGCGCGGGACUGAGGGUAUAAAGGGUCAUCAAGGAAUAAAAGGUGAAAUAGGCUUCCCAGGACUACCAGGAGAGAAAGGAGCCUCAGGAAAUUCAGGAGAAAAAGGGGACCGAGGUUUGAGAGGUCCUCCAGGCGAGAAGCCCCAUAUGCACCCCCAAGUAAAGAAAGAGAUGAAGGGGACUAAAGGUGACCAGGGAGGAUCUGGUGACCCUGGCUUCCCAGGACCCAGAGGUCCCAAAGGUUAUCCUGGAGUUCCAGGGGAAUGGGGACAUGAUGGUCCACCAGGGGACCCCAGUGAUGAGAAAGGCAACAUAGGGACGCAAGGACCAGAAGGACUUCCUGGCCCAAAAGGAAUGCCAGGUCCUACUGGCUUACCUGGAUUCCAGGGUUUUCCUGGAAUGCCUGGUUUCAGGGGGGAAAAAGGAACACCCGGUGCAUAUGGAUCACCAGGAGAUCCAGGAUUCACUGGAACUAAAGGUGACAAAGGUGCCAUCAUUAACCUUCAAGGAGCCACAGGAACAAGGGGUGAAGAUGGAAUUUCUGGACCUCCAGGCCGGAGAGGAGCCAUAGGUGAGCAUGGGGACACAGGGAGCCCUGGCUUUGAUGGCAUUGUUGGGGUCAAAGGGGGUCAAGGAGAUCCUGGAGAACAUGGACAGCAAGGUUCUGAAGGACUACAGGGAUUCCCGGGAAACCAGGGACAGAAGGGCUGGCCAGGAGUGCCUGGAGAGGCAGGAACCCCUGGUAAACAAGGUCAUCCAGGACAAAGAGGUUUCCCUGGACUGAAAGGUAUUUUUGGAUUGGACGGUCUGAAAGGUAUAAAAGGCAGCACAGGAUUUCCAGGUGUGGAUACCUGGGGUCUUCCAGGUGAGCCUGGAUUAAAGGGUGAUAAAGGAGAAGGAGGUAUACCCAGCAUACGGGCUGGUUCCCCAGGCUUAGUGGGCCCUCAAGGUUCCCAAGGAGAUCCAGGUGAUCAGGGCCACUCUGGAUUUCCAGGACUCCAGGGUCCCCCAGGGCCACCGGGAUUUCCUGGCAGAAAAGGUGCACCUGGAGACAGUGGCUUUCCUGGCCAAAAAGGAACCCAAGGUUUACCUGGAGCACAAGGUUAUCCAGGCCUUCCAUCUCCUUUUGGAGAUAAAGGAGAGCAGGGGGAUCCCGGUGCAGUGGGCUAUCCUGGACUGAAAGGGAUCCAGGGACAAACAGGACAAAGAGGAUUUUCAGGACAGCCUGGAGUCUCCGGAUCAAAAGGCAAGAAGGGAGAACAAGGAAUGAUGGGAGUUCCUGGAAGACCUGGUUUCCAAGGUGAUAGAGGUCCCGUUGGCCCUAAAGGAGAUACUGGACCCCCAGGUUUUCCUGGAGCUCCAGGUGCAAUGGGACUCCCACCACAGCCACCAGUACUAGCAGGGGAGAGGGGUCCUCCAGGUCCAUGGGGAAUCCGGGGACCAGAGGGAGAGCGAGGGGAACCUGGCCCAGAGGGUCCACCUGGAGAUCCAGGGUUCUUGGGUCCUGCUGGAGAGAAAGGGAUGCCGGGACUUUCAGGAAUUCCAGGAAAUCCUGGUUUUCGUGGGGAGACCGGAUCAAUUGGACACCCUGGCCUGCAGGGUCUAGAAGGUCACCGUGGACGCCCCGGUAUUCCUGGACUCCCCGGUAUGCCUGGCCGUAGUAUCAGUGUUGGAUACCUACUGGUAAAACACAGCCAGUCUGAGCAGACUCCCAUGUGCCCCGUUGGCAUGACCAAACUUUGGGAUGGGUACAGUCUGUUGUACUUUGAGGGGCAAGAGAAGGCUCACAAUCAGGACCUGGGUCUAGCAGGUUCCUGCCUCCCUCGCUUUAGCACCAUGCCCUUCCUAUACUGCAACCCUGGCGAUUUGUGCUACUAUGCUAGCCGAAAUGAUAAAUCCUACUGGCUCUCUACUACUGCCCCUAUUCCCAUGAUGCCUGUGGAAGAGUCAGAAAUCAAGCCAUAUAUCAGCCGCUGCUCAGUGUGCGAGGCACCUUCUGUCGCCAUCGCAAUCCACAGCCAGGACAGCAGCAUCCCACAAUGCCCCACAGGCUGGAGGAGCCUGUGGAUUGGCUACUCCUUCCUAAUGCACACAGCAGCCGGUGACGAGGGUGGUGGGCAGUCCUUGGUGUCGCCAGGUUCUUGUCUGGAGGAUUUCCGCACCACUCCCUUCAUAGAAUGUAAUGGGGCCAAGGGCACCUGUCACUACUUUGCCAACGAGUACAGUUUCUGGUUGACAACAAUUGAAGAGCCUUCUUUCCAGAGUUCAGCUGGCUCUGAGACACUCAAGGCAGGCCAGCACUUGUCCCGCAUCAGCAGAUGUCAGGUCUGCAUGAAGAACCUGUAAACGGAAAUUGAUUUUGACUCAAGGGCACAAUCAUUUUUGGCAGCGUGAGUACGUGGUAACAUCGACAAAAUGUGCCAAGUUUUUAUAGCAUAGUUGGCACUGAGUCACUAGUAUUCCUAACCCUGGUAUGAACGUUGACAAGCUGAUCAGGAAUUAGAGAUACACUUGAAAUAUUACUGCACCAGACCUAGAGCAAAUCUAAGUUUUAGGUUUGUCAUCUAGGUAUAAAUUACACUGUGUGUAUACGUUGCCAUGUGUGACCUUGAAAAACACAUUAUUGUUCCCCAAACAAUCCCCUCCUGUAGCUACCGCCAUGUGCCUUAGGACCGCAGAAAAUGUUCAUAUUACAUACAAGGUGUAUAGAAGGAGAGAAUCCCAAAAUUAGAAGAAAGUGUGAAAGACAUGCUUUUCUUUUAUAUCUAUUUACUUUUUUUCCCUUCAUUUGAUAUGGUGCUUAUACUUCUAACUUAUUACCUCAGUUAUGUUUCAAAGCAAUCUUGCAUGAUAGAUGCUAUCAAGAACGUACAGCAAAACCAAAGAGGCCCAUGCGUAUGCACUGUUCCCCUUGUUUGUAAUGUUUGGCAAUACUUUGUGACUGUUUCCUUCAAAAAUAGAUUUGUAAUUAUGAAUAUGUUAUGUAAAAUUUUAUUAACAACAGCUAAAUUAACAGCAUAACAAUUACAAUGGUGCCGGUUACAGUAACAGAACUGUUCCUUGUUGAAUAUUUACAUCUUACAAACUGCUAUAACAGUUAGAUCCCUUAUGUUUCCUUUUAAGAUGUUGUAUAUGAAAAUAGUUUAUCAUAGAUAUGCUAACACCUUUUUUACCAGCUGUAAAUUAUGUUUUA